GGCUCUCUCUCUCUCUCUCUCUCUAGAAGUUAUUCAGAAUUCAGUCACCGGAGAUUCGAAUUCGUCGCCGGAAAAUGGAGGAUCCGGCAAUCGAUCUUUUUCCGAAUUGCCGGAAUGAUGAUGUCAUGCUUACUUGCCUUCGCGCAGUUCGCGAGUUCUAGGCGUAUCUGCGAAACCCUAACCAAAAGCGAACAUUUUAGGUAGCAGAGUUUUGAAGCUAUUCCAUGCUUUGUCUCGCAAGUCCGAAGCAAAGUCUGAUUAUAAUAAUGAUAAUCCGCGAGAUAAAGUCGAAAAAUCCAGGUAGAGAAUGCGUAGAGACUUGUAAAUUAGAAUUCGGUAGCAAUUGUUAACUAACUAGCUCUGAGGACUGGAAAUGGAGCUUGAAAAUUGAUAUGAGCCUCCGUAAGUACUUGUCAUGCCUUUCACCAUGAAGAUUCAACCUAUCGAUUUUAACUCUCCGGAAGAGUCAAUUCCCAACGAGUUAGUAAAACCUGUAGCGAAAUCACGGUUCAAGCGGCUCUUUCAGCGGCAAUUCCCUAUCGUAUUGAGGAGUUCAGCGGCGGAGAAGAUCGGUGGCGUCGAGGAAUCACAUUGCAACAAGGAUGGUUCCGGUGAGUUCGAGCCGAGCUCUGUUUGCUUGGCGAAGAUGGUUCAGAAUUUCAUCGAAGACAACGACAGACAAUCGGCGACGGUGAGAUGUGGCCGGAAUGGAAACUGUAAUGAGAGUUCGGAGGAUGAAUUGGACUCUUUCAAUGGUUUCGGUGACUCAAACGUCGCAUCCUCUGGCGAUGCAUGUGAAGUUCUCAAGAGUUUGGUCCCUUGUGCAAGUGUUUCUGAAAGAAACCUGUUGGCGGAUACUUCGAAAAUCGUCGAGAAAAACAAAAUCUCCAGGCGAAAAGACGAUUAUUGCAGAAAGCUCGUCACAGAUGGGUUGUUAGCUCUCAGUUACGACGCUUCAAUCUGCAAAUCAAGAUGGGAAAAAUCGCCAUCCUAUCCCGCCGGAGAAUAUGAAUACGUGGAUGCGAUUGUAGAAGGCGAGCGGUUGAUAAUUGACAUUGAUUUCAGAUCAGAGUUCGAAAUUGCUCGGCCCACCAAGUCCUACAAAGCGAUCCUUCAAACUCUACCGUGUAUAUUCGUGGGAAAAGCUGAUCGUCUCCAGAGGAUUAUUUGCGUUGUAUCAGAGGCGGCGAAGCAGAGUCUGAAGAAGAAAGGAAUGCCUUUCCCACCUUGGAGAAAAGCAGAGUAUGUCAAAGCCAAAUGGCUCUCUCCCUACACUCGAACCACACCAACACUCGCACAGACUUGUCUCAGUUCAGAGCUCAACAUAACCCACGAAUCCGAUCUUAAAUCGGAGGAGAAAAAACCUUUGAUUCCCACGAAGAGCUCUUCCGGCGAAUUCGAACUGAUCUUUGGGGACACAGUCUCUCCUGUUGAGACUGAUCAUGAUGAUGCCGUGUUUACGCUGUCUGACAACAGUUCGGGUGAAGAAGAGAACGCGAUGGUGAAGAAAUGGGAACCACCGGAGAUCAAAUUCAAGAAUUCACAUGGUGGUGUGAAGAUCGUGACUGGAACAAAAAGAAGCAGAGAGGCACAACAACACAAGGCAAGGCUUCCCGUUGCAGGUUCUUGGAAGAAAGAGAGUAAAAGGAGAAGAGAAUCUGGUGAUGAAAAAACAGAGUAUGCAGAGGAAUUAAAAACUAUGGAAAUUGUUGGAUCUCAUCAGCUGAUCUGUACCUAUGCGUCAUCAUCAGUGGUAAACUUCUGGGGUUUUCUUUGAGGAUCAUGAUUCUGUGGAAAUUUAUUAUCGGUAUUUAUUUCUGUGUGUUUGCAAAUUCGGUGCUGCGAAGUGUUUAAUUCCGGGGCUUGGUUAGAGGUCUAUUAAUGCUUUGGUGGGCCUACCUUGAAGCAAACUCUUUACCGUUGUAUCUUUUUCAUGCAAGUCACAAAAAUUUAUUGAAUUUUAUUAAGUCUUUGUUUGGCAUUGUUUUUUUGUAUUGAGAUUUUUUUAGUCUCAUUUGAUUUAUUUUUUUAAUUUUUUGACUUUUGUGUGAGAAGAAGUGUAAUAAUUAUAGUUUGGAUAUGAUAUUUUGUCUUAUUAGUUUAUGAAGUCAAUUUUGUGUUA